AUGCAAAGUGUGACUAGUCCACUGUCACGACGGCACAUGUUUGACGACUCGCCGUCCUACAAGCGCAAGCUGGUUUCGCCGGCCUGCAUGGCGGGAGAUCUCACCGCUGCCGCCGUUCAUAUCGAGACACCCACCUUGCCCACUCCAAGACGCUCGCUAUUCACCGCCAAAACCCCUGCAUUUCUCAACCUCCCUCCCCCAAACGACUCCUCGACGCCAUGUGGAGUCCCCAUGAAGAAGUCAAUGAGCAUGAUGGAGCCCAUGUCGCCGCUGUCCGCUGGCUCGGACGGUAGCACCACCUUUGGCAGUAGCACCAGCAGUAACACCAGCAGUAACACCAGCACCAGCAGCAUCCAGAUGCACCGGCUACGAAAGAACAACCGCAGCACCAGCAGUCUGCGGCUCACCAGCGCCGGCGUUUCGUUCGACCCCAUUGACGAGGAAGGUAGCUUACGUAAGCCGUUCCGUUUCUCGCUUGAGCUGGACUCGCCUGCCAACACCCGCUUCACACACUCCAUGAAUGAGGCCGACAGCAGCAUGGACACAGACGAGGAUGGCCUUGGUAGCUUGUCUCAGAACUUCCGUUUGGGAGGAAGCACCAGCCACUCCAACACACAUAGUCUGAACUUUAACGGCUUUACGCUCGGCGGCGCGGCAGACGAGAGUGCGGGUGCUGUUGCCGCAGCAGAUGUCACCGCUGACGACAUUAACGAUACGCCGUCAGCGCGGCCGGUACGGCCCUCUCUCAACCCGCUAUGCAAGCGGUCAUACAACUCGUCGUCCACGCCAUUUGCUGCCAAGUUCAAGCGGCCCCGACGAACCCACUCCAUGUUCCAGGACCCCAAGGAGCUUAUGCAGGAGGAGCUGGACGAGGAGAAGGAGAUGGUUCGACGCCUUUCGCUGUCGCCCGACGUUAAUAACAACGUGGACUCCUUUCUUGUGUCCGCUGACUGCACUCUGGAGUCGUUUUCCGUCGAGGGCGAUCCCUUCCGACGCAUCAAGCGAGAGACUCUGGUCCAGAUUCUGGACGGUCACUAUUCGCAUUACUACGAUCGCCACGUUGUGAUUGACUGCCGGUUCGAGUACGAGUAUGAUGGCGGCCACAUUGACGGCGCCAUUAACAUCAACUCCAAGGAUCGACUGGAGGAGCUGCUGUCCAACGAGGAGGGCAUUCUCGGCAACAACUGCAACAACAUGAUGCGGCCCGGCAAGCGGGGCGGAGACUCCCGGAAACGUACUCUGUUGAUCUUCCACUGCGAGUACUCUGCUCACCGAGGCCCGCGAAUGGCCAUGCAUCUGAGAAACCGAGACCGUCGGCUCAACAUGACUAACUACCCGCACCUGAACUUUCCCGACGUGGUGAUUCUGCAGGGCGGCUACAACCACUUUUUCGAGCAGUUCCAUACACGGUGCUACCCUCCCCAAUACGUCGAAAUGAACGAUUCCAUGCAUAAGAGCACCUGUGAGAGAGAGAUGGGCCGAUUCCGGCGUCACAUGAAGCUACGAAGCGAAAGCUCCAUCAACAAGCAGCAGGGCGUCAUCUGUUCGCCGGUUGGGUUGUCUCGUUCGCUGAGCGAAAACGUAGACUAUCAUCGACCCAAGCGGGUGGUGAGUUGCCAGCUGUGGCGAUGA